CGAAAACAAUGAAAAAUCCCACGUUACCUCGCCAUUACCUUCUGCGUCUUAUCCUGACCUACCUCCGCGCGAUUCCGCGUAGAAGCACCGCGAAUUCUAUCAAAUGGAAUACGGUGUGCGUGGCUACGGCCCUGACUGAGUUAAAAGAAGGCAUUCUACCGUGAUAAAUUUACCAUUACGGCGAGUGGGGCGGCAUACAGUCGGAGAAAGUGGCGUUAGUUGAUAUAUACCCAGGCAACGCGGGCCAUCGUACACAUUUUCAAUAUCGCUCUCGCUACUAAUUUCAAUCGGUGGAGAUAAUCACGUCCUCCUGACACCGGCCAGCGACAGGAUGACGUUGUUGAUCGGAUUGUUCCUGAUUGCCAGCUGGACCGGAGCUGCCUUCUCCGAACUACCACCUGGUGUGCAGUCUUGUCCACGAGCGCUCGACCUACCGCAAUACGACAGAUGCGUGGUGCAGCAAUUGAACGCUAUAACGCCGUACCUGGCCAAGGGGAUCCCGUCUUUGAAGUUGCCAGCUUUAGAUCCUCUAUUCCUACCAUCGCUAACGGUGGAUAGAAACCUGGAUUCGCUGAAGAUCAAGGCGAACAUGAGCCAGAUUCGCGUGUACGGCGCAACGAAUUUCGUUAUUAGCGAUUUGAAGGCCAAUCCGAAUGAUCUGUCGGUUCGUCUCAAAGUUCAGCUGCCCCAUGUCCAUGUGAACGGAGAUUACGAUGUACAAGGAAGAUUGCUGUUACUUCCAUUGAAUGGAGCUGGUAGUUUCAAAGGAAACUUCACUAGCACGGAAGCGCAAGUAUCUGCUCAAGGCAAAGAAGUUACCGAUAAGAAUGGAAUACAAAGGAUCGAGAUCGAUAAGCUGGUGACAAAGAUUCGCGUGGGAGACGGAAACAUUAAACUAAAAGCACCGCCUAGUCACACCGUAGCUGCUGACGCAGCGGCCACGUUUUUCAACUCGAAUCCACGCUUAGUCCUGGAUAUCGCCAGCCCGAUUAUCGAGGACACAGCCGCGACUGUUAGCAGAGCAUUGGCCGCCAGAGCAUUAGGGGCUCUCACAAAAGAGGAAUUACUUCCCUAGUCCACGUUCGCUACGUUAGGCGAUCCCAUAAGUAAUGGUAGAGUGCGUUUAACGCGUUUCCUGUCUCGUCAACUAUGAACAAUCCAAUAAUUCAUGUUCAUUGAAAUAUAAUUGAAAUGUAAAUAUUAUUCAACUCGAAAUUAUCAAUUUCAAAUGAUACACGUUUGGCAAAUUAAAUUAUUAAUUGUAUUUAAUACACGUGAAAAGUGUUGUAAAAUGUCAAAUGCUUGGUAUCAGAUUAUGUCAAGUAGCGAGCAUUUGUAUUUUGCAAGGUAUUGUAAUUUUAUACUUGGACACAUUUGCACAUUUUCUUUGUUAAUAAUCUCGUAAAUAUUUCAAAGCAUAUUCACUGAGCAAAGUUAUUUGUCCAGAUGUAACUUAAAUACUACAGUUUCUUUUUCGUCAUAAUAAUCUUUCCAAUAUUAUAAAUAUUAGCACGCAUAUAUUGCAUAAUUUCUUAAGUCCUUCUAAACGUUUCUUUCUGGUUUAACGAGCAUUUUUCCAACGUUCUGGAAUAUCACGAACAAAAUUGUCGAUUUCGACAUGGAAAAUCAGGUUCGACAGGAAACGUAUUAAAGUGAAAAAUAGAGAAUUUUUUUAAAUUUUAAGUACGUACUUAGAUCGUUUUUAUACUGCAUAUUAGAUAUAGCUUAAUGUGAUUAACUAUAGUAACGAAUGGUAGUUUAUUGUCGUCAUAGCCUGGAUCAAAAAUAGUAUUUUUAAACAACCAAAAA